AUGUUUCAGUCACAUAAUCGUACAAGCACCGACUGUGUGACUAGUGGUAUCUGCAUACCAAACCUGCUGCAGAUACAGUUUUGGAGCAAUUUGCCGCAAAUCCUCUGCGUCGUUGAACACACCGGGUGUGAUAGCUUUGGACCAGUCCGAGAUGAAAUUGGAUUAAUACCCUGCCCUGAAGCCAGGUAUAACCGGAGCCCUAUAGUCCUGGUGGAAAACAAGCUUGGUGUGGAGAGUUGGUGUGUCAAGUUUCUUCUGCCGUAUGUCCACAAUAAACUUCUCCUCUACAGACAAAGAAAACAGUGGCUGAACAAGGAUGAACUGAUUGAUAUCACAUGUACACUGCUGCUGCAAUUCUCCACUGCUUGGAAUGUAAGGAAAGAAUUAAUACUGUCUGGCACUUUAAAUCCACUUAAAGAUCUGCAUCUUGGAAAACUGGCGUUAACCAAGUUUCCAAAGAGCCCAGAAACGUGGAUUCAUAGACGAUGGGUGCUGCAACAACUAAUUCAGGAAAACUCCUUGCCCACUCUUGUGACUAAAGGAAACUUGGGAGCAGCACCUGUGGAGAGAAUUCACCGACUAGUGCAGGAGGAAAUGGAUGUCUGCUCUGAAGCUGCUGGGAGAUAUCCAAGCAACUACAAUGCCUGGUCCCAUCGCAUCUGGGUUUUGCAGCACUUGGGAAAGCUGACUGUCAAGCUUCUUCUUGAUGAACUUUCUUCCACUAAAUAUUGGGUGUCCACGCAUGUUUCAGACCAUAGUGGAUUUCAUUACCGGCAGUUCUUACUGAAGUCCUUGAUAGGCAGAACUGUGCCUGACAAUGAUAUACUGAUACAAAAACAAAUGGUAAAAGAGCAAAACCCUAGCCUUCAAAAGAAGGAGGAAAGUGAAGGGGCAGAGGCUGCCUGUGCAGAAGAACAGAGCACGGAUCUCCCCCGUCGUUUAGAGGAAGAAUUAGAACUCUGCACUGAUUUGAUUGAUACUUACCCAGGUCAUGAAACUUUGUGGUGUCAUAGGAGGCGUGUGUUCUACCUUCAGCACCACCUAAGCAACAAAAUUCCUCUUCUAAAUAUGGUAUUGUCAUCUGGGGACAGCAGUGAAGAAACUUUGAAUAAUUCACAACCCAGUCCUGCGACCAGUCACUUGGCACAAGCUAUGGAUGUUGAUGGUUUGAAUGAAUGCAGCAGCAAGCAAGGUUAUACCCAAGAAACAAAACGUCUGAAGCGUGCCCCUGUGCAGGACUCUCUUGGCCCAGAAAUGGAGUACAGGUUCAUUGACAAAGUUUUAUCAACCUGUAGAGACGUGGAACAAAUCAGAUUUGCUACUGCAUAUAGAAAAUGGUUAGUUACUUUUUUAGGUCAGUGAAGGAAAAGUUCAAAGCCUGCAGGGUUCUUCUUUUAGUGCAAUAUUCUCUUUUCAGACACAAAUGCAUGUCUUGUUUGCAAGUGUUAGCUAACCAUGUGGUUCUCACUCUUUUAAUGGUCAGUGCUACAGUUCGUAUUCAGAGUAGAUGUCUGUCACUUUAUUUAUUAAAGAGCUGGCAUACCAUGUUACUAGGCAUAUGCAGUUUGCUAUUCUUUAAUCCUUUUAAAAAGUCACCCUCUUUCAACUUGUGGCAGCUUCCUAUUAUACUUCUCUUCUAUUUUUUAACUUCUGUAUUAAGAUGGACUCUGAAUAAUUUGGCUUAAAGAAAAAAAGUCUGAAAUGUUUUUGAAACAGGUGGAGUGUCUGCAAAAGAAAUAGGAGCAUCUGUCAGCAUCAGCUUAACCUGUUUCCAGGUUGUUGUUCUUCACUGUAGUAGAUCCUGCUGGUAUCUUACAAAAGCUUAUUGGGUUCAGGCUUUAUUCAGUGAGGGCUAUUACUUUUGUAUUAAUAAUCUUUCGUAGAAGACCAGACUGCAAUGUUUCUUCUUCCAGUUUCCAUUAACAGUAUUGGAGUCAUGCUUUCUAUUAUUGUAAUUUGGAUUUUUUUUUUUGCUUGUUAGUUGUCACAGAGGUUUGAUAUGAAAGUCUAUGAAGUUAAAAUUCUUAAAAGCACAUGCAGGAAAAUGAACUAAUUUUCUUCCUUGUUACAUGCGUGCACACACAUUCACAGCCAGAACUAUAUUGGAAACAUUUUUCUUUGAACAGACGUCUUUAUGUUCAUUUCGUACUCUGUAUUUAUUUAUUUAUUUUACCUCAACAAUCCAGAGUUAAUGACACUUGAUACAUAUUUCUGAAUGUAUUGUGUACACUACAGAAUUUCAGCCUACUAAAUCACAUAUUUAAAAGUUGUACAUGAACCAAGACUGUGCAAGUCCAAUAGAUGAUGGGGCAAAAAGUAAUUCUGUUGAUUGGUCAUUGAAACUAUGCAGUUUUAAAAAAGGCAGGAGGGAGCUCUCUUCCCUUUUUUCCUUUUUCAGGGCUUCAGUUUUUUGGAGU